GCGAACGGAUGUGAAUCUUGAAAAAUACAAAAAUGCGCAAGUUUUUCAAAGUAUUCGCAGUGUUCUUUAUCAUUGUGAAAAUAUGGUCAGUGAGCUCUCAAUCAACUGAUGGCGAAUUUAUUACAACUACUAAUUUGCCAAACGAAGGCAAAACAACUUCAGUGAAUGAUGUCGAAGUAUCGAAUUUGGAAAAUCAUUUUGUGUCGAUUAAAACUCAAACAGAAACUCCACUUUCAAACAUAUUGCGCAGUAUCCAAAAUCUUCAAACGAAUAACGAUAAUUUCGAAUCCAAAUUAAAAGAAAAAGAUGAUAUAAUCGCAUGCCAAAAAACGCAGUUGGAGGAUAAAUCGAAUAUUCUUGAAUUUCAAAUAAAUGAAACCAGUAAAGCUAGGCAGGAAGCAAGCGAUUAUAAACAUCAAAUUGAGGACAAAGAACUCGAAAUAAAGAACUUGCAAUCAACUAUAUCUUCUUAUAAGUUAACCAUCGAUUCGAAUAAUGAAAUAAUAUCAAAAUUGGAUUUGGAAAACAAACGCCUUGAUCAGGAACGAAAUGAAGACAAAAAAAAACUGAGUGAAAUCGUUGAUUGUGAUUAUGAUUAUGAUACAUCUUAUAGAAGGCCUGUGCAAACUGCUUACGUAAGGCAAAUGCGUUAUCCAAGCUCUUGCCUAAACUUGUCUGCGGGCAAGCAAAAGAUACAAAUUGGAAAUGGAGCUCCUUUUGAUGUGAUUUGUGAUUGGAGCGGUUGGAUGACCAUUCAGCAACGAAAAGAUGGAAGCAUUAGCUUCGAUAGAAACUGGGAGAAUUACGCAUUUGGAUUUGGCGACUUGGAAGGAGACUUUUGGCUUGGAUUGUAUAAACUUCAUCAGAUAACGAAUUCAACCCGACAAGAGUUACAAAUCUUUGUGGGUUAUUCAUUCUACACAAGUUUCUACGAAUAUGAUAACUUUAAGAUUGCAAGUGCAGACGAAUUCUAUGAAUUGAAAUCGCUCGGAAACCAUAAAAGCAAAUUUAAUUACACGCAGCUUCAAGAAAAUACCAAAUUUUCAACAUACGAUAGACACCUUGGAGAGAGUGUUGAAAGAUGCGCUGAUAAUGGAGAUGGUGGCUGGUGGUACGGAAAAGAUUGUGGAAAAAAUCUAAACUCGCCAUACCGUCAAAUACGCACAGCAACUGGCAUUCAAGCCAAAUUCGUCUCCAUGCGGAUUCGUCCAUACACUGAGAAAAAUUGA